CUUUGCUUAGGGAGUCACCGCCCCCCGGCGGCGGGGAGCGCAGGUAGCGGCAUGGGGCGGGCGGCGCUGGCGCUGUGGACGGUGGUGGCCGCCGCUGCCGUAUGGCCUUCGGGAGCCGCGGCGGGGGGGCCAGCAGAUGCCAAGUGGAAAAGAAUAACCGAUCAAAUUAACAGAGCUGUAGAAGUCUAUAAGCCAUGUGUAAAGGAGAAUUGUAGCUGCCACCAAAGUGUCUGGAAACAGGACCUGGCUCCUUUUCGAAGUGGCAUUUCCAAAGAGGCAAUAUCAGACGUGGUGAGCCGGAAGCUCGGGACGCACUACCAAAUCAUUAAGAACAAGCUGUACCGUGAACAUGACUGCAUGUUCCCUGCAAGAUGCAGUGGAGUUGAGCAUUUCAUUCACGAGAUCAUCAACCGCCUCCCUGACAUGGAAAUGGUGAUUAAUGUGAGAGACUACCCCCAGGUCCCCAAGUGGAUGAAACCCAUUAUCCCAGUCUUCUCCUUCAGUAAGACAGCUGAAUACAAUGAUAUAAUGUAUCCUGCCUGGACGUUUUGGGAAGGAGGACCGGCUGUUUGGCCAAUUUACCCAACAGGUUUGGGGCGCUGGGACCUCAUGAGAGAAGACCUCAGAAGAUCUGCAGAAAAAUGGCCGUGGAAGAAAAAAAUCUCUAAAGGAUAUUUCCGAGGGUCCAGGACGAGCUCCGAAAGGGAUCCCCUCAUUCUGCUGUCCCGAGAAAACCCAGAACUCGUUGAUGCAGAGUACACCAAAAACCAGGCUUGGAAAUCUGAGAAGGACACCUUGGGGAAACCUCCUGCAAAAGAAAUUCCACUGGUUGAUCACUGCAAAUACAAGUACCUGUUUAAUUUCCGGGGAGUGGCCGCCAGUUUCCGGUUGAAACACCUCUUCCUGUGUGGUUCACUCGUCUUUCACGUUGGAGAAGAGUGGUUGGAGUUCUUCUAUCAACAGCUGAAGCCCUGGGUCCACUACAUCCCAGUCAAAUCAGAUCUCUCUGAUGUCAGGGAGCUGUUGCAGUUUGCAAAGGAAAAUGACAACAUAGCACAGGAAAUUGCAGAGAGGGGACGCCAGUUCAUCACUGAACACUUGCAGAUGGAGGAUGUCUCUUGCUACUGGGAGCAUCUGUUGUCAGAAUAUUCCCAAAUCUUGACUUACAAAGUGAAAAGGAGGAAGAACUACAGUGAGAUCACUUCUGAAUGGUUGAAAACGGAACUGUAGAGACUUCUCUGCUUUUUCCUUCAGCUCAAACUGAUCUCUCUGGAAAUCUGAAGAUGGGUGUAUCUUCUUUCCGGUUCUCUCAGAUUUAUUAUUCUUUACACUAAAACUGCAGAGAGCACCAAUAGGCUAACUUUAAAAUUAUUCCCAUGCACUGGGACCCAGGUCUACUGUUGCCAUAAGAACAGUAAGUUGAAGGUUAGAGUAUGGCUGUGUGCUGGGCUGGUUAUGCUCAUGCCUGGAAGAGUGUUGUUGCAGAAUCAUAGAAUGGCCUGGGUUGAAAAGGACCACAACGAUCAUCUAGUUUCAACCCUCCUGCUAUGUGCAGGGUCACCAACCACCAGACCAGGCUGCCCAGAGCCACAGUCAUUUGGGAUUUUGUUACUGCCUGUCUCAGAAUGAUCCUAAAUCCUAUUCAGUCAACGAGAUGCCUUGCUGUUCAUUUUACUGGACCUUUUGCCAAGUCCUCUGUACUCAUGGCAAGGUAGUGUUUGCUAUGCUCAGCUGGGAGAUACAUGUCCAUUUUUGGCAGUGGUCAGUGUUUUCUCAUCUGUGUGAUAGCACUUAGGAUAUUAGGUAUUCACUGACAGGAGCAGGUACUGGGAUUUGAGGUAACCUUUUUAGAUAGCUUUGAGUUUAGGUUUGUGAUGUUUAGGUCAAGUUUUUAAGGUGGAUGGCAGACUUUGAUGGGCCAUUAAAAGGACAAAUUAUCCUUGCACAGGUAAAUUACCUACCUCACAAGGGAAUGGCUGGUGAUGAUAGCACUGCCAUAAUGCUUGGCCUGAGUAGUGGACAGUCAAGCAGCUGAGAUAAAGACUGCCUCCACUGUGGGGCAAUGAGCUGGAUCCGUGCACAGCCAUGCAAAACUGAGGCUGUGUUAUCAAGGUCUCAGCAGUCUGCUGGUCAGACAUCCUGGGACCCUUAAGAACUUGGAGAAAAUAUACGCAGAGGUAGAUCGAGCUGUUCUUUUAUUUUUUUCCUACAUAUUCAGAGAUUCUCUGCUCUGAUCCUCUUCUGUAAUCUUUCAUUUUAAGGCUGGUGACACCUCUGCUCAGUUCAACAUUCCCUUUUCUUACACCCAGCUGUUAGGCUCCCUUUCUCUCAGUCUGAUUGACGGAAUGCCUUCAAGUCACACAAAGGCAGCUACUCCUCACAUUGUUCAUCUUAAGUUCAGUCAUAGGUUGCUUGUGCUAAGCGUUUUUAUGCCAACUGCAGGCUGCUCAGCUCAUAAGGAAUACAAUUCCCAAAACGCUCUAUCUUUUCUGAGCGGAGAGAGACCUGGGAGGAAGCAGUGUGUUCUCUGGCAUCCAGACUGGCUUCGUUUCUCCUACUUACUGUAAUGUCAAAGCCUUGCAUUAAAACAAGUUUUUGAGUAGCACAGAGCUACGCUGUACUUCCUAACCUGUCUGGUCCCCUGCAGCUGUGAGUCACUUGCUUUGGGAUCACUGCUCCUUCUGUGCUGCAGAACGUCUGCCUGAGCAGGGCCAGAGCAGCCGCUGUCCCAGACGUAUCCUUUGGGUGUCAGGGGCCGUCCGUCAGCAGAACACAGGUCUUGGCCUUCCUGGCAUCUGGGUGCCUAAGCCUGUUGGAGUGCAGAGGAGCAGAGUGCUCCCUCUGGCUGAAACAGCAGGGGUGGCAGCAGCAUGGGAUUCAGGGGUUGCCUCUGCAUUUCUGCUGAGCUCCGUCGCUUACAAAGUGGCCUCAGUCAUGUCUUAGGAAGCAGCACCUUAAUGGAAGGGAACAGUAACAGCAGCUUGUAGUUUUCUCUGUAGUCAUUUUGGAUCAGAGAAGAAAACACAGUCAAGAAGCUCCAAGUACACUCGCAACACAUACGCACUCAGAGACCUCAGCAGCACUGCCCUUUCCAGGAGCAGGGAUGUAACUAUCAGUGGUACCAGUGAAGCUGCUAGAGCCAUAUGCGGCUCUGUGCCACUGUGGGCACAGAAAACAAAUUAGGGUGUUAAAAUAGCCUGGUUUCAGAGGAAAAGGGUUGAGUACAAGUGGAAAGGGUUUUCUGGUUUUGUAUUUUUAGCCAAUGAAGCUCAGCAACCUGAGAAAUGGAAACAACUCUGUAUAGUAUUUUUAAACCAUUUUUAGUGAUGUGCUUUUGGAUUAAAACAAACAAAAAAUGAA